UCCGUGGAGACCCAGCCCUGCUGCUGUCACAAAUUUCAGUGAUGUCACAGCUCCCCUCCCAGGAAGCUCCAGCAGAGCCGUGCUGACGGCCAGCCUGAGUGCUGGCCGAACUGAGAGGGGCAGGGCGCAGGUGGUGCCUGGUACCAGUGUUGCUCCAUUUGUCUUUGAGGUCUCACAGCCCCAGUAUGACUCCAUCAGCAAAGAAGAGGCCCAAAAAUAGAAUGGUUUCUAAGAUACAAGAUGAAGAACCAAAGGACAAGAUACCGCAAUCUGUCAACAAAGUAAUUGGGCGGCACCGACUUAAGAUGGUAUUAAAAAACUUGUCGCUCUUGAAGCUGCUCAAGAGCUCGAACCCCCGGAUCCAAGAACUGCAUAACUUGGCCAGAAGGUGUUGGAAUUCACUGCUCAGAGUUCCACAGAUCCUUGGGAUCUCCACUGGGAGCAGCAAUGUCUGUGAUAGAGUGGAACAAGAUAAUGAAGAGUUCCAAGAGGCUGGGUGCCCCAAGAAGAUACUGGAAUCCAAGAAGUUAGAGUCCACAGGGGAGCCCAAGGUGGGACUACGGGAGAAGAAUGAGGCGCAGCAGUCACCUGCAGCAGUGCGCCAGAGCCAAAAACAGAUGGAGUCUGAGCUCCCAAGGACAUCGAAGGGCCAUGACCUGACCACUUCCCCCGGAGCCCAGGGGAGCCAAUCAUCCACUAGGGACCCCUGCAUCAUCUUCCUGAGGACCUACCAGCACAGAACUCCCAUGGGUGACAAGAAACAGCAGGAAACUGUAGCUGACCAGUGGAUCUGGUUUGAAGGGUUGCCUACACGAAUCCACCUCCCAGGGCCUCGAGUGAUGUGCAGAUCAUCCACCCUGCGCUGGGUCAAGCGUUGCUGCACUCGCUUCUGCUCUGCAUCACUUGAGCUACCCAUGUGCCAUCCAUACAAAGUGUGACAGCACCACUGCCAGGCCAGGGUGGUGUGACCUGGGAUGGGAGCCAGAAGUGUGAGGUGAGGGUGAAGAUGGCGCCAUCAUCUGAGCGAGAGGGAUGGGCGGGAAAAUUCUCCAGUCUACAAAUAAAAUCUCCCAUAGUGAAUUGAA